AUGUCAGACUUCAGCACCAUCGCUCAACAGUUCGUUGAGUUCUACUACAAGACGUUCGAUGAGAACCGAAACAAUCUCGCUGCGCUCUACCGCGACAAUUCUAUGCUCACUUUUGAAAACGAUGCCAAACUUGGAACUCAGGCUAUUAUCGGAAAGUUGGGAGACCUCCCAUUCCAAAAAGUGCAACAUCAGGUCGCAACCCUUGAUGCCCAGCCUAGCAAUGAGACAGGCGGUAUCCUCGUCCUCGUCACUGGCGCCCUCUUGGUUGACGAGGAGCAGAAGCCGAUGAGCUACACCCAAGCAUUCCAACUUUUGCCCGACGGACAAGGUAGCUACUUUGUCUACAACGACGUUUUCCGUCUGAUCUACAAUGCUGCAUAA